CAAACGUCACAUCCGCAAGUAAGUUCAACUGGGCUGAUCGCGGGACAGAAGCCUGUAGUUCCUACUAAGACUUUGAAUAGUACUACGGUACUGACAAAGCAGUGCUGAAUCCUUCCUACUAGAAGGAUUCGUGCUAUCUCUCUUUUUUUGACCAUUCAUUUAGCGGGCGAGAACCACAGGUUGUCAUUUUAUUGCACCGGCGCUAUUGGAGCUGCCAUCUCCUGGCACGUCUGUCAGAAGCCUGGUGCAUUUAAUCUUGGAUCGACUGAUAUUUAGAAAUGGUCUCUCAUCUGUCAUCCAACUUGUCCAAACCCACCGAUGAGGCAAUUCAAAGCGUCGGUGAAGACGGCCAACUGACAAUUCGAAUCCCAAAUCCCAGAGUAUAUAUGGCUCGUCAAUCUCAAUGGAAGGGGCGCAGGGGGAAGCCACGUUGUGACCACUGUCGCGUCAACAACUUGAAGUGUGAUAGGGUUCUCCCUACAUGCAAUAAUUGCUCUUGGGCCAAUGGCAGGCAGUGCAUAUACACUCCUCUGCCUACUCCCGCCCAUCGUGGCAUCCCUCGCUGUGAUAGGUGUCGCUUUGCGAACUUAAAGUGUGAUCGUAAUCUGCCUGUUUGCAGUCAUUGUGCCGAGGGAGGAAUUUCUGAAUGUAAUUACACUCCUAAGAAGCGACACAAAGUCCCAUUGGAUCACGGAACAAUGGGAGAGAAGCAUACAGGUCCUUAUGGACCCAAGACAGCAUCUUUCCUCGUUUCAGAGGCUCCUUCCAAUGACGACGUAUCUCCCCAUGGAGAUUCUGGUGACGGUCAUAACUUUUAUGGACAAAACGUGGCGUCAUCCUCUACAUCUCAUGCCUCAUCUUCGCAGUCCCCGCAGAACCGGAUGGAAGACAGUGAAUCUGCACACUCAAGCCGUCUGACACCAGAAAGCAGAGAUCGGCGAUGGGCUCUGCAUCCCCCGCUUUCAAGUCUUGCCCCACGUCAAGCUCAAAGCGCCAACCAAGUUUCCUUUAUAACGCAUUCCUUCCCGUCAGAGGGGGGACUUAUUGUGGCGACAUCUCUGGUUCAAUCAUGGAAGCACCCCUUGUUUGCACCCCUUCCAGACGCCGUUGUUCACCGAAUCAGCAGCGUUAACGUCGUUGAAAUGCCUGAUCGCACACUCUUUGAAGAAGCAUUGGGGCAAUUUUUGACCGACCUCCCAGUCGCCUUACGAGAGACUACUGCCUUUGGUCCAGAAAUGUAUGCUGCUGUUUGUCGUUCUCUGUCAGGAGAUAGUGCACAAAAUAUCUCUGAUCGCCUACGCAUGUGGCUCACUUACCACCAUGUCCGGUUGGGAUCGGAAAAACAUUAUCUGCUGCUGAUUCCGCGAGACGCAUUUUUUCACCUUCUAGCCCCGGAGGAAGAGAUUCUUCGGCGAGAUUACGUAGCCUAUGUCGAUAACCACUCUGAGGCUUACGGAACCACCUCUGGAUCACGAUCUGAGAACGCCGACCACGAUGUCGGAGGGUUCGAGUGGACGAAAGCUUUCGAGAGGAUACCCGUGCUUAACCAGAUAUAUGAUAUUCUGGUUUACGCCCACCGUGCCCACGGAUCCUCAUCUUCUGUGUUAUUUGAGGCGCGGAGAAUUGGAAUGGCAGGCAUAACCUGGCCAAUGGUGGAAAUGUUCAUUAACCUUUGUCCGCUAUGCAAUUUACGCAACGAAUCUAAUGGUGCCCCAGGCGACGAGAGGGUGGUUAAAUGAACGAGCGCGCAGAUCCAUAAGCAGGCAUAUAGGGAGGUUUCAAGUGAUCACGUCUGCAGGCUUUGUUGUGUAAAUACAAAUUUCUUUGGCAUUGAACAUUUACGUAUCGGCGAUAAAU